AUGUCCGAAUACACGGCCGGCCAGGCGGGCAUGGACGCCGUCGAAGCUAAGGACUGGCCCCUUGCCAUCGAAAAGCUGUCCGCGGCCCUCAAGUCGACAAAGUCGCCCAAGUGGCUCAUCGGUCGCUCCAAGGCCUACAUCGGCACCAAGGACUACCGCCGCGCCCUCCGCGACGCCGAGCUCGCCUACGCGGCGGCUGCCGCCCGCGGUAACCGCGCCUUUAUCACCGAUGCUCAGUACCGCCGCGCCGUUGCGCACUUCCGCCUCGGGGAGCUUGCCAACGCGGACGCCUGCGCGACCUGGGCGCAGCGCCUGUCCGAGGGCAAGACUAUGUCCCUGCCGGAGUGGAAGGAGCCCAAGGUCGACAGCCGUGGCUUCGCGACGGCUACCAAGAAGGAGCUGACGGACGAGAUGACUGCGGUGCGGGCGACGGAGGAUCCGGCCACGAGCAAGUAUGGCGCGCUGUGGAACUCGACGUGCGCUCUGCGGUUGCAGAUCCUCGUUGGACUGGAGAAGCUCGCCGAGGACGAUGAGAAGAGGAAGGUUACGGUAAAGUACGACCCGGGGGUCUCGCUGGACGCGCCCGAAGAGGAGGAGGAAGAGAUCACCAAGGAGGAGGUCAAGGCCGCGGCCGCGGCUGCAGUCAAGAAGCCCGAGGUCCAGAAGGAUGUGCGCGUCGACUUCUUCCAGAGCAACGCCACCAUGUCGGUGUCGGUGUUUGCCAAGAACAUCCCCAAGGACGAGUUCAAAGUUGAGUAUGACGAUCAAGAGAUCCGCAUGACGCACAUCCCCGGCCACGAACCCUGGUACCCGAUCCCCCUCUGGGGCCAGAUUGACCCCGCGGGCUCCAAGCACACAGUCACCGCGAACAAGAUUGAGUUCUCCCUCAAGAAGCUCGAGGCAGGAAAAUGGCCUACCCUCAAGCGCUCCCCGGACACCGCCCCCGCGGCGCCCAAGACCGCGGCACCCGCUCCGACGCCCGCUGAGCCUUCAGCACCCACAGCCCAGAAGCCCGCUGCCACCACCACCAGCGGCCCCGCCUAUCCGACAUCAUCCAAGUCUGGCCCCAAGAACUGGGACAAGCUCGAGGGUAUCGACGAUGAGGACGAGCGCGAUAUCAACGCCUUCUUCAAGACGCUGUACAAGGGCGCCACCCCCGAGCAGCAGCGCGCCAUGAUGAAGAGCUUCACCGAGAGCAACGGCACCGCCCUCAGCACCGACUGGGACGACGUCAAGAGCCGCAAGGUCGACACCGUGCCCCCUGAGGGCGUCGAGGCUAAGAAGUGGGACUCUUAG